AUGUUUAGCUUCCGCUCGGGAAAGGACAGGGUCAGCACGGGGCCUGGAGAUAGUAUUGACUCUCGUGCGAGUCUGAACAAAGGCCCAUCAGAUUCUCAUGAGAUAAUGACCGAGGAGAAGAGAUUAGAAGACAAUAUUUACUCCCUUUAUCAGGUGGCCUGGCUUGGAGUCUAUCAAGCCCAUGACAAAGACGGACGAACACACGCCUCUCGACUAGGUGAGCUCUUCUUCGGUGCGGGGAUGUCUUCUUAUGUCGACAAGCCCGAAGAAGAGUCCAGUGACCAUCACAGGGACAAUCGAGGAAGAUUGAAAACGAGGGCGGAAACCCGCGUACUAGACCCUCUGUGGACAGCUCUCACCAAGGAAGGCCUCGCGAGUCUAAGGCUGUUCGAGGGGCUCUCCGUCGGAACGCUAGAAAGAGUUAUCACGCUACUCGACGCAUAUGUGAGGGAGGUAGCCACCGUGAACGCCCUGUAUCAAUUACUACGUGAGCUUCAAGUCGGAUUUCGGACUCCAACAGAGGAGGACGAACAGGCUGUUCUGAAGAGAUUCGUACCCCACGCGAAUGACUUUGCAAAGCGGCUUCUUCAUCUAGACGCUAGACUGAAGGUUCUUGUUACAGACCUGGAAGACGAGUUUUGGAAUGAGCAUGGGGCAGCCAAAGGGAGGGAUGGGUGGCGAGUACAUGAUGUGUCUUUCCCGCGCUUUUCCCGUCGUGGCAAAAAGAUGAACCUCACUUCUUCCACCUGGGACUGA